UCUGUCCGUGCCGGGCACUCCCACCGGCCCCUCCUGCCGUCCCCAGAGCCACCAUCGGGAACCAGACACGGGCAAGGAGGCACCGGGGCAGCCCCCAGCCCCGCAGCGGGCGCGGUGCCGGGCAGGGACGGAAGGAAGCGGCUGUUUCCAGCGCGGGGAGCGCCAGAACAGGCUUUUUCCAUCAGGUGCUCUGUCUCCAGCAGCAGGAGGCAAAAGAAAACAAAAGGCAGGAGAGGAGCGGGACAGGAGGAACCUGCGCGUCUGGAUCGUCUGCUCCUCUGCAUCUUCACCUUCGCCAUGGUCCUGGUUCCCGAAGCCAAGGACCAGAGCAAGGCAGCCAAGGGCAGGAGAAGGGGCCUGGCACGGGCACCAACAGCCCCCCCUGCCCUGGCCUGGGCCCCCGAUGACCCCUACACCAGCAUGGCAGAGUACGAGCACAGCAUCCAGGACAUGGUGCGCCAGCUGAGGAACGGCUCCGAGCCGGGGGACACCAAGUGCCAGGUGAACCUGAGGCUCUGGAGGUCCAACCGGAGGAGCCUGUCCCCCUGGGCCUACAGGAUAAACCACGACGCCACACGGAUCCCAGCAGACAUCCCCGAGGCGCGCUGCCUCUGCACUGGCUGCAUCAACCCCUUCACCAUGCAGGAGGACCGCAGCAUGGCCAGCAUUCCCAUCUACAGCCGCCUGCCCGUGCGCCGCCUGCUCUGCCCGCGCCCGGGCCACAGGCCCUCGGGCAAGCAGUGCCACAAGAAGUACCAGAUGGUGAUGGAGACCAUCGCCGUGGGCUGCACCUGCAUCUUCUGA